ACUCUGAAGCGAGUUUUACUAAAUGCACCCCUUUCGUGCAGGAGGGCGGUAAUGAAACCAGAGGCUUGGUUUACGGACCCGAACUGCCGAGAGGUUCGCGUAAAUAGCUAGUUAACUUAGCUAGCUAACCUAGCUUAGCUGUUUAGCCGUAGCCGUUUAAACGUAAAUAAUCUGAAAUGUGGCGUUACUGAAAUACUAAUUGCGUUUUUCUUUCUGCCAGACAAACAUUCCUUGUACGUUACCAUUAAACAGAACUCAGUAAAGAUCACUUGGCUGUAAAACUCGGGCUAACUUUAGUGUUCAGAGUAGCGUUAAUUAAUGAGUCGAACUAAUUAGGACUGAACUAGACGGAUGUCGGGCUACAGACUCAAAAACGGUCCUCCAGGGGUUCUUUAGUAAAGGUAGCUAAAAGGUUUGAUAAAUGGUCAAAUAGUGAUAAAAGCGGUGUUUAUGUACCCACUGCCCGUCACGCUUCUUGUGUUGUUUGGGUUGGUGGCGUUGUGUCACACAGUGUCAGCAAAACUCAGAGCUUAUAGGAGUAACGUUAUUCAUCAGGUUCUUCCGCUUCACCGCUGGCAGGUUCGGUCUGUCUCUGGUUAUCACUGCCUUGUUUGCUCUUUCUUCGUCAAGCUGCUGCAAAUCAUUUGUGUAUUCUGGUUCAAAUCGAUACGGCUCUACGACGGUUUUGAAACAGACUUUGUCAAAGUGCUCCAUCUUCCAAAAAUAGUGUCAAAAUGAUGGGACGUGGAGGAUCAUACCGUGUGUCCAGAGGGGCCAGUUUUGCUCAAAUCCUCAAGAAGAACAUGGUACCAGCACCUGGGUGCUCAUCAUUCAUCCCACAGCCUGCCCCUGAGUUCAGCACCAACACCAGCACACUUGACCAGACCGGCAACUCCAAAGGCUCUAAACCAAAAAACAUCCCUAAAGAGCUGAUCGACAGAUACAAGCGAGGAGAGACUCAUGCCGUCUCAUUGCUAUACCAGCUCUCACAGGUGCUACAGUUCCAGGUGGAGAUGAAGGAGACUGUUACUACAGGAGGGAUUACAGGUUUCUACUUUGCAUUCUGUGCUGUUAUCGAUGGAGUCGAGUAUAAGACUGGGAUGGGCAUCAGUAAGAAAGAAGCCAGGGCCAAAGCAGCUCAGUUGGCUCUGGAGGAGUUGCUGCCAAUUCUGGAGAAUGACGGUGUACUGCCUGAUGCUUCUGUGGGACCCCCUCCACUGCCAGUGAAAGAGAGAGACUACCCUGUGUUAGAGGCCCAUCCUGGAAGAACAGUGUAUGAGAGGAAGAAUCCUAUUAAAGACCAGGUGCCCGGUGCUAUUAAGGAGAUGUUCUCAAAGCUGAUGGACAAUUAUCCAGAGUUUUCUGGUUGCGGUGGAACAGUGGCUGCAUUUGUUGCUCAGUCUCCGGCUGGCUGUGAAGUGGUGGCUCUUGGUACUGGCAAUUUUAACACUAAGGAGAGCCUAGCACCUAAUGGACGUGUACUUCAUGACUCCCAUGCUGUGGUGACUGCACGGAGAUCUCUUAUGAGGUAUCUGUACAGGCACCUGUUAUUGUUCUUUAGUAAGAAUCGUUCUUUGGAGGAGAAAUCUAUCUUUCAGCAGGAUCAGAGCACAAAACUACUGAGUCUAAAGAGUCACAUCACCCUGCAUUUGUACCUCAACCAGUUGCCCAAAGGAGCUGCUCAAAUACCCUCUCACCUUCGUCUCAACCCUUUGUCUAUCUCAGCAUGGGAAGUAAAUAAUCAGAUCGGUCUGCAUGUGACGAUUGAUGGGAAGGUCUUUUCCGUCUUCUCCUCUACAUUUGAGCAAAGUGGUUCUCGUGUGGUCAGCAUGUCCGCCAGUGACAAGAUCACACAGUGGCAGGUUUUGGGUUUCCAGGGGGCACUGCUGAGCCACUUCAUUGAGCCCAUCUACGUCAGUAGCAUACUUAUUGGCAAUGAGAGCUGCAGUGAUACUCGUGGCAUGGAAGUAGCGAUAAGUCAGAGAGUGGAUGGCAUCACCUCCAAGCUUCCCAUGUACUACUGUGUGUACAGACCACACAUUAGCUUGGUGCCCUCAGUGGUGACCACAGAUGUGCAUAGCACUCAAAAGUCUUUCAGCCUCAACUGGAGCCAAGGAGAUGUCUCACUUGAGGUUGUUGACAGUCUGGAGGGCAAAACUGUAGAGGAGUCUCCUUUUAAGAGUGGCCCUGCUCUCGCCAGUCGUCUGUGUAAGGCCGCCAUGUUGAGUCGUUUCAACUUGGUGGCGAAAGAGGCACAAAGAGAGGAGCUGCUCACUGCUGUUUCCUACAGGGAGGCCAAGGAAUAUCAACAUGUCCAUAUUUUCAGACAGAAGCUGAGAUCUUCUGAGCUCUUACAGUGCUCCAUGUUUUUGGGGGAAAAAAAAUGUUCACUUGGAGCAGAAGUAAUUGAGAGAUAUGCUUUGGCUAGAGAGGAGAGCAGAAGUGUUUUUCUGACAUGGACCGCAACCCUCUUUUAUUCACUGCAAUGCUAUUUGAUGCAAGAUGAUGGCAAAGCCAUACCAGGAAGCAAAGAGUGUGCUGAAGUCAUACUUGGCCAUGAGGGGCUAUGGACAAUGGGUAGAGAAACCACCAAUUAGCGAUCACUUCACAAUGUGAAAUCCACAAGUGAAAAUCACACUUCUGAACUGCCUUUGGAGGACAGGUUUGAAAACUCAAGAAAUCGUUUGUGUUUGUCAUAGAAUAGCUAACAAGUUAAGUUAAAUCUUCAUGUUGUCACAGACAGAAAGUUCUCCAUUGUGUUAGAGAUGUUAAGAUAUUUUUGUGUUUUCUUUGAAAUGAAGCUAUGAAUGGUGUCAAGUCUGAAAGGAUGACAGAAAACAGGGCUUUUAGUGUAGUAGAAUGAUUUGCUGUGUUUGGAUUAUCAGCUUUUUCUGAUUUUCAUUGCAGUUCUUAGGGAUGCACCUAUAUUGGGAAUUGUGGGUUGAUGCCAAUAUCCUAUCAUUUUCUUUGUACAUAUUUGUCGACUCCAAUACCAAAGCAUAAACAUUGAUAAAAGGUGGAACUUCGGACAGAAUCUACCUGAAUACAAUAAAAUGGAUAAAAUGCA